UCCCAGGAGAGGGAGGGAAGCUGAAGUGAUUGCUUCACCCAAACAGCUCUGAUGGGUUCAAACUUCUCCCUUGGAACAAAACAGCAUCCCAGACCAGAACUCCUUUCUUUCCCUAGAGUAAGGCAGGUCUUUGCUGUAAUAUAAUUUCUGGAUUCAUCAACUGAAGUUGCCUUUUUGCAGCCUUCUGACAACACAUCCUGCGUGAAUUAUGAACUUUUUUUUCCCUUUGCUUAUUUAUACUGAGUGUCUUUUUCUCUUGUCCAAGAAAAAAGAAUGAAUAAUGUCCAGAAGAGCUGGGUGGCACCUGCAGAUCCCAGAAAGGAGAAAUGAGGAGGGGAGGAAGGAGCUGUUUCCACCUCCUAAAGCAUUCAGAACACGGGAUGGGCAAACACAAACCAUAUCCCUCCAAGUUCUGUGCUGGAAUCACUCAUUCCUGUGUAGCCCAAGCUGCUGCUGUAUCCUCUGUGGUGUAAAUAAUCUUUGUUGUGUUUCAGAAACGGGCUGUUAAAGCUGAGAACAGCGCUGCCAAGCUGAGACAGGAGAACACCCUGCUCCAGGUCCAGCUGAGGAAUUACAAGGCAGAGAACGAGGCCCUGCAGCUGGGACAGGCAGGGCUGGCAGCAGCAAAGCAGAAUGCAGAGCUGGCCCUGCAGCACCUGCUCAGGGUCACAACCAGCUCCCGAGCAUCCAUCAGGCAGCUCCUCUCCGGAGCAGAAUCCCUGCAGCUCGUCGCUGAUCUCCUGAAAUCCAUCGACAGAAUUUCCGAGGUGUCAGAGGAUGGACAAUGAUGAUGAAGAUGAUGAUGAUGAUGAUAAUGAAGAUUCUCAUGGUGAAAUGGAAAUGGAAAGAGAAGAAGACAGCAGUGAUGAUGAUAUUGAGAGCCUGCCACAGGAUCCAGAAACGUGCCUGCAGAUGAACCAUGUGUACCAGGAGGUUAUCCAGGAAAAGAUUGAGGAAGUGGAGCUGCUCAUUGCACAAAACAGAGAGCAGCAGAAGGAAAUCAUGGGUGAGCUCGAUGGUUCAAAAACAGCCAAGGCAGGAGAUGGCAGAAGUCUACCAGCAAAUGUAUUUUUGGGUCACUUUAUGAAGCCUUACUUUAAGGAUAAAACCACAGGAAUUGGCCCUCCUUCCAAUGAAGAUGCCAAGGAAAAGGCAGCUCAGGGCAUAAAAUCCUUUGAACAACUGCAUUCAGCAAAGUGGAAGAGCAGGGAGAAGACACUGUUGCAGAAAUCAGUGGUGAGCGACCGCUUGCAACGCCUGCUCCAGCCAAAGCUCCUGAAGAUGAGUUAUUGGAAUCAGAAACUGGAGAAGGUCAAGACUGAAACGGAGAAACAGACCUUGGAAAAGCAAAUCAAAGAAGUGGAGCGAGAAAUAGAAGCAAUUAACCAACUGCCAGAAAGUGACUUGUUAGGAAACAGAUUCGAUGAGCACGACUGGGAGAAAAUCUCAAACAUCCAUUUUGAUGGGCAACGUAGUGCAGAAGAACUGAAGAAGUUCUGGGAAAAUUGGGAGCAUCCAAGCAUCAACAAAAAGGAGUGGACUGAGGAGGAAAUAGAGAGGCUGAAGCGGAUCGCUGCUAAACACAACUACCUGGACUGGCAGACCAUAGCCCAGGAGCUGGGGACAAACAGGACACCUUUCCAGUGCUUGCAGAAGUAUCAAAUCUAUAAUAAAGAUUUGAAAAGGAAGGAAUGGACUAAGAGUGAAGAUCAGAUGCUUUUAGAGCUGGUUCAGGAGAUGAGAGUGGGAAGCCAUAUCCCAUACAAGAAAAUUGCUUAUUACAUGGAAGGAAGAGAUUCUGCUCAGCUGAUCUACCGCUGGACAAAGAGCGUGGACCCCAGCUUGAAGAAAGGACCCUGGACACCAGAGGAAGAUGCUAUGCUGUUGGCUGCAGUGAAGAAGUAUGGAGAGAAGGACUGGUAUAAAAUCAGGACAGAGGUGCCGGGGAGGAGCGACGCUCAGUGCAGAGACAGAUACUUAAAAGCAUUGCACUGGGAUGUAAAGAAAGGCAAGUGGAGCUUAGAGGAAGAGGAGCAGCUGAUUGAACUGGUUGAAAAGCAUGGCCUGGGUCACUGGAGUAAAAUAGCUUCUGAGUUGCCACAUCGGACUGGCUCCCAGUGCCUGAGCAAGUGGAAACUCAUGAUUGGGUCUAAGAAAAGAUCCAGGGCAGCAAAACGGCAGCACAUUGAGGAGAGUUCCACCUCUUCAGAGAGCAGCAGUGAGGACAUAGAGCUGGACUUGGCAGACAGCUCAGAGGAGGAGGAGGAGGAGGAGGAGAUGACAAGCAGGACCAGCAAGGAGGAGUGUGCACUCCCCAGCAUUGAUUUAUGGAUACCAACACAGCCAGACACGCAGGAGGCAAACAAAGGAAGAUCCCAGACCUCAGCCCUCUUCUCUCUUGGGAGUGCUGAUGCAGGGACCAGUGGCAGUGACAUUCCAAGGGCAGUGUGUGAUGGAGACACAGACAGAGCUGCUGAUAAAUCAUCUGAGCUGAACACUCUGCUGAGGGGCAUCGCACGGCCCCACUCCACAGAUAUCGUGGUGAGGAAUCCAGCAGAAGUAAUGGCCAAGGCUUCCCAGUGUGGAAAACAAGUGCUGCGGGUUACCCUGGAGGAUGUGAGAAGAAUAUUAAGGAAUAACACAUUCUUUCAGAGGAAAUUUCAAUUCAAGAUGCUAAAACCUCCUGUUGGCCUUUUAGCAAAAACAGCUGGAGGUAGUGCAGCUGUUGGCCAGAAUCUCCAGGGGCUGCAGAACGUGACACACAAAACUUAUCGCCAGGAGAGGGAGCGUUGGAAGAGGCUCAGCCUGGACAGGAAGCUGCUCAUGGCAGUGACCCCUUGGGUGGGCAAUGUGCUGCUGCCCUGCACCUUGCAGACUGGGAAGAUGGCUUUUCAUCAGACAAAAGCUGAUGCUAUUCAAGAGAAGGUCAAGUCAAUCAGUCUCACAAGCACUCCCCUGUUCACACUGUUCAUUCAGCUCUUUCAGAUUGACACCAAGGGCUGUAUGAAGAUUAUUCGUGAGAGGAAGCUGAGGGAGUUAGAGCUGCUCAAGGCUGAUGCAAGAAGGCCUCAGCAGGCUUCCCAAAACAUGGAGGCUUCUUCAGGCAAUUCAUCCCAGCCUUGUGCUCAGAGGAACUCCCAACGGGGCAUACCAAGGAGUGCUGUCAGGAGAUCUGUUGCCUUAAAAGCAAGAGGAACUUGUGCUGCUGCCUUUGAGAGCAGUGCCCCAGCUCCUCCAGCCCAGGGGCAAAGGCAGAAGCCUAAAACUGUCUCAGAAUUACUGAGAGAGAAGAGGUUAAGGGAGGCCCAGGCUAAGAAGGCCAUGCAGAGGACGGUGUUGGUGGCCCCACAGGUCCUGGUUUCAGGGCCUUUGAUAAUCCAGCACCCACCACAGCAAAUCAUUCCUUCUGCACAAGCAGGGAGCAAACCUUCAGCAGCUGGUUGUGCAAAUAGCCAAGUACAGGGUGCACCAGCUCCAGUACCAGCAAGUGCUUCUGCUGCAGGUUCCACUUCUGCUGUUGUGCCUGAAAACCAUUCCUCAGCAGUGCCAGCAACGGGGGAAGGCCCUGGUUGCUCACAAGGGACAGAUCUGCAGUGCAAUAAGGAACUAAAAGAGCAAGGUUUGGAAAGCAGCCCUGAAGGAGGAGGUUUUCCAGGCAUGAAUCCAGCUGCAGCAGAGAAGACCCCAGAUCAGGGAGGGUGCAAUGGUCAGGUCAUAGCUGGUAGCUCAGCCCCAGUCGUGCUGCAAAACCAGGCUUUUGUGCCAGGCCAGAUCACAGUGGUGCCUGUUGGCCUGGAGUCUGGCACCAACAAACUGUCCCUUUCCACACCAGUCCCCUGUGAGCUGAACAGUAACGGGCCACAACACAGGCCAGUCAGCCUCUUGCCUGCUCUUGUCACUCCCCAAGCUGGGUCUCCUGUGAUUCCCAACAGCAUCCUGCCCUUCACAUGGGUGGUAACCCCACGAGCUCUGCUCCCCACCGCUGUGCAAACUGUGGUGGGUGUUCCCCAAGGAACACCAGAUGCUCCUGGGAGAGGUCAGUGUCAGACAGCUGUGACUUCCAAUGGCAGUGUCUCUGGUUUGGGAGUCACUCCUGUAGCAGCUGGAGCAAAUCCACCUUACCCCAGCAGUGCAGAGACAAAAGGACCAAAUUCCCAGGGAGCAGGAGUUCCUUUGGGAAAGGCAGCUGACCAUUCCACGAUCCUCUUACCCGGGACCUCGGUGAGUCCUGGAUGCACCUCAUCCAGCGUUUCUGCUGUAACACCUGCAUGUUCCAAUGGCUUCUCCAAGGCUUCUGACUCCCCUGCAGCUCCAACUGCUCCUCCACCUGACACCGCAGCCCUGGUGCUGCCCCAGACACAGCCCCCUGCAAACACUCAGGGGGCUGAUCCCCAACGUGUGUCCAGCCUUGCCAGCUUGGGAAAGAGCCCUGACUCUGCUACAGCAAACACAGAAAUCAUCACACAAGGGGUCGUGCUCCAGCCAGGAGAUCUGGUUCCUCAUGGCAGUGUCCCAGGGAGCUCGGGUUGCUUUGCUGCCCAAGCCUUGAAGAACAGACCCAUUGCCUCCAAACCACCGACGGCACAGCCCGAGGACACUCCCCCCCAGCCAAGCACUUCCAGUGCAGAGAAGAAUCUCCUUGACCUCAGCCUGAUUUCCCUGGAAGACGAGGGGCUGGUGAGGGAGUGGCUGAGUGGGAAACGAGGUGUCCAGGUCCCAUCACUGCAAACCAGGCUGCCUUAUUUGCCACCUUUUCUGAGCAACAUAAAAACCCUCUCGAAGCUCCUCCUGCAGAAAGCAGCUCUGGAGGAGCAAGCAUCAAGUCUCCUGCCCUCUGAUGCCACUGAGGAUGGAGGCACUCGGGAUGUUUUCCAUGCUAUUGGAGAACUGGUGCAGCAGAAACUGGGUGAUAACCCUGCUUACCUCCUGCUGAAAGCCAGAUUCCUGGCAGCAUUCACACUCCCAGCUGUCCUGGCAACUCUGCCUCCUCCAAAAGUGACAACAACUCUGUCAGCCAGCAGGAAGCAAUAUGAGGAGAGUGAUGAAGAGGAGUGGCAGAGUGAGAAGGAAGUGUCUGAGGAAGAGAGUUGUGGGAAUGAAUUAACAGGAGUACAGUUGGAUUGGAGAGUUGGGGAUGAGCCUGGAGACAAAGAUGCUGAUUUACUAAAUCAGGGCCUGGGGGCUGAAGAUGGCACUGCCCACUCUGCCUUGGAUUCCUGCACUGCUGUGGCUGAUGCCAGUGCUGCUCCAGUCAGGAGAAGUGCCCGCUGCAGGAAGAGGAGGAGGAUGUGAGAAGGACAUGUAGGUCACUGGAAUGAGCUCUCCCUCCCUGCAUGGCAGUAGGAGGUACUCUUUGCACUGUUCACUUUUACCACUUCCAACACACCGACUGGAUGGACCUGGGGAAGAGGAAAAUGGCUGGACUGGUUUUCCCAUCACCCAACAAAAUCUGCAUCUCUGGGAAAGGUGCAGAAACGGAAGAAAAUGGCUGGAGGGAAAUCAUUCAGGCAUGGACCAAUUUUGCUCUUUCAAACUCACACCUGCCAUAGGUGCUGGGGGAGAAGGUGCUGGAAAUCUGGGGGAACCAGCAAUGGUGGUUAUUUAUUUCUUUUUUGUUCAGCCCCUAUUUAUGUAAAUGUUUAUCCAUGUUCAGAAUAUGUUGUUAAUUGGGUGGUUAUUAGUGCUGUGACAGUGGCUUUGCUUGCUAACUGACUGAAUGCUGCUGAAUAAGCAGCAGAUUAAUUUUGUAUCAAAAUGAGUUUUAAGUAUUUGUUGAAAUACAGAUGUUUUAUUUUUCUCACUUAAAAA